UUUGAGUCUUUUCGCCUAAUUGGGUCGGGGCACGGCAAGCAAUUCGAUCUCCGUAUCAGGUGCAUCGCCGAGUUAUUGGUGCGAAAUUACAGGUCAGUACGGACAGUGAUGCUGGCCUUUCUAUAAGGAUUUUUUAUAUGCUCUUGGGCCAUGGAUCCCAAUGGAUUUAUUGAUGAGAAGAGCGAAAGCAAGCUUUACAUUGGUAACCUUGACCUAAGAAUAACAGAGGCGGCUCUAAUUAAAAUGUUCUCUCCUUUUGGAAAAAUCGUAUCCGAAGAUUUUAUAUGGCAUACUCGUGGCCCUAAGCGUGGAGAACCUCGGGGUUUUGCUUUCGUCGAGUAUAGUACCAAAGAGGAAGCAAGACUAGCCAAGGAGAAAAUGCAUGGAAGAUUAGCUUGUGGCCGCCCAUUAAUUGUCCACCUUGCCAGUAAUAAAUACACAGUUGAAUCAGCCGAACAUUCUUCAAAAGGAGUCAGUGAGACAAACAAAGCCAGAACAUCUGGUAGUAACUCAGGACAGUUGAGUCGGAGUGAUAAAAUAGCUGCAAUUAAGAACAAGCUGAAAGCCUUGGAGGAAGAAGGCCCUACUGCAAAGAAGCAGAAGCAUGAAGACAGUAUUUCUUAGAUAAAAGAUAAAUUUGCAGGUGUAACUGAAACUGAAACUGUAUUCAUUACAUAUGAUGUAACUUUGAUCAGUUUAGAAUUUUCUGAUAACAAAACAUUACCCAAGAAGGUUUUCUUUAAGCUGAUUGUCAUGUAGUUUUGCUUUCAGGUUUCUAAUCAAAAUCUAAUUCAUACAACCA